GGCUGAGAAUCUACUUCCGGAAACAGCGAUGACGUCAGGAUCAGGCACGCGGCCGUUGUGUUUACCCCAGUCGGUAAAAAGUUGAGCGAGCAAUGAUGCACGGUAAAACUGUGAUCGUGACCGGGGCGAACAGCGGCAUCGGGAAGGCGACGGCGGCGGAGCUGCUGCGGCGGGAGGCGCGGGUGAUCAUGGCGUGUAGGAGCCGGGAGAGAGGCGAGAGCGCAGCGGAGGAGAUCCGCCAGCAGGCCCCCACUGGCACCGGCACCGGGCGCGGAGAGCUGCUGGUCAGACUACUGGACCUGGCGUCUCUGAGCUCCGUGCGCAGCUUUUGCGAGCAGAUCAACAAGGAGGAGCCGAGACUUGACGUGCUGAUCAACAACGCCGGGGUCUACCAGUGUCCGUACUCUAGAACCGAGGACGGCUUCGAGAUGCAGUUCGGCGUGAACCACCUCGGCCACUUCCUCCUCACGCACCUGCUCCUGGACCUGCUGAAGCGCUCGGCGCCCAGCCGCGUCGUCGUCGUCUCCUCCAAGCUCUACAAACGAGGCGAGAUCAACUUCGACGACCUGAACAGCGAGCGCGGCUACGACGGCGCGGCGGCGUACAGCCGCAGCAAGCUGGCCAACCUGCUGUUCACGCUGGAGCUCAGUCGGCGACUGGAGGACGCGGGCGUGACGGUGAACGCUCUCACGCCCGGCAUCGUCAGGACCAACCUGGGACGCCACGUCCACGUCCCUCUGCUGGCCAAACCGCUCGUCGGCCUGGCCUCGUGGGCGCUGCUCAGAUCACCCGAGGAGGGAGCGAGGACUCCGGUUUAUCUCGCCUGCUCUCCGGACGUGGAGGGGGUUCGGGGGAAAUGUUUCGCUGACUGCCAGGAACAGAAGCUGCUCCCUAACGCCACGGACGAGGACGUGGCCAAAAAACUAUGGGACAUCAGCGAGGUGAUGGUGGGCAUCACCACAUAGAACAGGAAAUCUCACGGACACUCGGGCUUCACAUCACCGUACCCAAAAAUCCGAGGCUACCAUCUGGAAAAUAAAUAAAUAAAUAAAUACAAUCAAUUCUUCCUCACGACAUUAAAGGAAAGGGCCAGAAACGUCUGUUCCGCCUGAAAAAGAGGAGAAGACACGUACUUCUAAAAACUGUUUAUUAAUUGCAUUAGACGAUCGAUGUAAAGGAGUCCACAGGCUGCUUCACGAUUCAUUAUUCAUUAUUCAUUCAUUUCGGCCAGAACGAGGUUUAGAAUAUCCGGAGAGUGCGGCAGAAGCAUGUCUUCAGCUGAAAAAGAAUAAACAAGUGAAAUAUUUAAAAGGAUUCAUUACAUUAACGAUUGACUGAACAAUUCAAGACUUUCUUGUUUGUUUGUUUGUUUGUUCUGGUUUUUUUCUUCAAAAUUAGAAGAAGGAGCCACAAACGUGUCUCCGGCUAAAAAAAAAAACAGCAUGUAUGAAAAUGUGUGUAAAAUAUGAAUAUAAAUGAUUCGUUGCGUUAGAUGAACCGCGGAACACUUUCUGUUUGUUGGUUUUUGUUCGCGUUUGUUCGCUGUGAUGAGAAUUAAUGUGUAAAACUGUGUGCGAGAAAAAUAUUCAACAAAAAGAAUUGUGAAUUGUGUAUUUCUCUGAAAAGGGAAAUUACGGAGUUAUUGAGAAGAAAUGAAAGGACGGAGCGAUCUGACGAUGCCGCGGUGUCUUCGAGACAGAACGCCGUUUCACGCGUGUGUCGUUACUCGGAUUUGUGAAAGUGUUAUUAAUAAAUGAUUAUAAAUAAA